AUGAACGGAUUUAUUGAGCAGGAAAUUAUGGAUGAAGCGGAUAAUAAUUGUUACGCUAGUGGAUUAUUACAAAAUAUGCGUGAUUGUAAUGUAUCUCACAGUCUUGAAGAAUUGGCGAUGUUACAUAUUAAACCUGACAAUCAAGAAAUGAACAAGGCUAUUACAAAUGAAAAUAUUGAUACAUCAAACUUUAUUAUGCAGGAAAUAACUGAUGAAGCAGAUGACAACUACACAAGUGAAUUAUUACAACAAAUGCGUGAUUGUACGGUAUUACACAGUCCUCAAGAAUUGACGAUGCCACAUACUAAACCUGACAAUCAAGAAAUGAGUGGGACCAUUAAAAAUGAAUGUAUUGAUGAAUAUAUGGAUACAUCAGACGAUCAUAAUAAAGUCAUUAGAUUAUUACCAAGAAAACCCAGAUACGAGACUGAAAAUACAGCAGCAUCAUUAAAUGGCGAAAAAAACUACGAAAUAGAUACUAUUGACGGAUAUGAAUUUGAAGGAUUUGUAUCUAGUAUAAGCCAUGCAUCAGAAUUCAUUGCUCAUGUGAAUUCAAACUUACUGUAA